CCCUAGCCAAAGCCCUAGCCCUAAAUAAUUGCUAUGUUGCGUGGCUAUGGAGUCCCCGCCUUGCCCCGCAUUGCGAAGGGUUUCUCUCCCGGGAGGUCGAAUUCCAGCGGGUUGAGCUCUAGCGUCGGGUGGAGGCGCCAGGCGAUGGCGGGAGUGAGCAAGAGUGUCAAUGGAGCUGGAGCAGUGCCGCCGCCGGUGCAUCCGACCUACAAUUUGAGGGAAGUGAUUCAGCUCGCGCUCUCGGAAGACGCAGGAGAUCGAGGGGAUGUCUCCUGUUUGGCGACUAUUCCCGCGGAGAUGACAGCGGAGGCUAGAUUUCUUGCCAAAGAAAAUGGCGUGAUCGCUGGCAUUGCUCUGGCGGAUAUGGUUUUUCAAGAACUCGAUCCUUCGCUGAAAACUGAUUGGGCAGUCGAGGAUGGGAGCACCGUGGAGAAAGGCCAAGUUUUUGGGAAAGUAUGUGGCAAUGCGAGGAGUAUCUUGACAGCUGAAAGGGUCGUUUUAAAUUUCAUGCAACGCAUGAGUGGCAUCGCCACUGCAACAAAGAAAAUGGCUGAUGCUGCUAAACCAGCGAGAAUACUGGAGACGAGAAAGACUGCACCAGGCCUUCGUCUGAUUGAUAAGUGGGCCGUAAGUGAUUCAAAAUGGAUUUUUUCCACGGUAAUGGGGUGUUCAAUUCAGGUUUUGAUUGGAGGAGGAGAGAACCAUCGAAUGGGACUUUACGAUAUGGUUAUGGUGAAGGACAAUCACAUAGCAGUCGCUGGCGGUAUAGAGAAUGCCAUCUUUGCAGUGACGAAGUAUUUGGAAGAGAAAGGACUUGAUAUUGGCGUCGAGGUGGAGACGAGAACGCUAGAUGAAGUGAGGCGCGUUCUUGCCAUCUUAGACAAAGGCAAAGUCACACGGAUAAUGUUGGACAAUAUGGUGAGUACACAAGCAAAUGGAGAUAUUGAUGUGGGUUUACUACGAGAAGCUGUUGAAAUCGUGGGCGGCCGAGUACAAACGGAGGCUUCUGGAAACGUUACUUUAAGCACAGUCGGAAAGAUUGGGAGCACUGGUGUGACUUACAUUUCGAGUGGCGCUUUGACACACUCGGUCUCAGCAUUGGACAUCUCUUGCAAAGUUGACAUUGAUCUGGCCCUUGCAGUCGGCAAACGAACAAACCGUGCCUAGAGUUUCGAAACACCAGGUUCUUCUGCUUAACUAGCUAGGAACCAAAAGCAAAAGCGACUGAUAAACAAUAGAAGUGGGACUUAAGUUUCGAGCUUCAACUUAUGGCAAACCUGAGCAAAGCUCCGGAUUCAGGAACUUCAGUCUUCAUGAGGCCCAGCUGGUACUUAUAGAUCUAUUGCUAAACUAUGCAGCAAGGUUAUAGAUCCAUGUAUUGAAGUGUCACACAGAAACAAUUUCAUAAGCGCUUGAGGAUAACAGUCA